CACAAUAUUUAUUUCAGUUCACGAAAUGAAUAAAAUUCUAAGUCAUUGGUAUAAGGGCGACGUUUGCAGCGCGCCAGGUGUGCUAAGCACAGAUGAGGAUGAAAUUCUGAGUGCCAGUGGGAGCAUUGAGGAUGCAGAGGAGGAACCCGACUUGGAUUUGGCCUACGAUCAACUAGAGGCGAUCAUGCAGCGCCUAAAGCAUCUGCGUGGCAAACUGCUACUAUCGCCAGCUGAUCCCUGCGAACUAGAACUGGGCACACUCUCAGAAGCUGAGGAUACGUGUUGUCUAACACCAAAUCAGCUGAUGUUGCAGCAGCUGCGUCACAGAAACUGCAUGCUACGCUGCCAGCUGCAACGGCAGGCACAGCAUUUGCAUUCAUCACGCAAGCAGCUGAAGCUGCUGGAGUCCAUGCGCUGCCAGCUGAAUGAUAGACUCCAGAAAAUGAGCGCCGAGCUGAAUGCUUUCGAUCAGUUCAAGAUGUCGGCCCAGCAUCAGUUUGGCUUAUGCAUCGAGCGGAAUGAGCAGAUCAAGGCCAGCAAAAUCGAUGAGUUUGACUUUAGGCGCCACGUGCGAGAUGUGAUCACUCAAUGCCACGAUAAAAUGAGUCCCUUGGUCCCCAUGCGCUGCCAUCGUCAGAUCCGCAACAAUUUCAGCGUGGAGCUCUUACUGAUACGUGUAUUUCUGCACACGCUCUUCAGCAAUAUGGUAGAAGACUGGAGCUAUUGCAAAAAACGUCAAAAAAAAAACUGUAUCUGUAUCUGAAUCCUUCCUGGAACUGAUGUCAUUAAAGUGUUGACUCGAGUUUCGGUCAUUAAUGUUUCACA